AUGCGGCUCCAUAUCGCGUCCACGCCGCGCCUGCGCGCGAGCAUUAUCACCAGGGCGCGCCCAUCUUCGCACCGCCGCGUUCACGCGAUCGGCCUCGGCCAGAUGCCCCAUGGGGUCGCUGGCGGGCUCGCCGACACCAGCGCGCCGGCGCCCGGGUUCACGACCCAGCGCAAGGCCCGCAUCAUCAAACCGGCUGAGGACUGGUCCAAAAUGCACGACCAGGACCGCGAGCGCCAACACGCGGAGAUUCAGGACCUUGUCUCCCUCCUCCCCGAACGCGUCCGCGGCAUCCUCGCCGGCCACUCCCAGGUCGAUCAGCUCGUCGAAGUCGUCAUGGACCUCGGCCGCAAGCCGGUCGCCCGCAUGGGCGACGGGGACCUCGUCCUCAGCGACGACCCCAUCACCAAGGACGAGCUGGAGGAGGCCUACUCCAAGGUGGGCACGUUCGGGGGCGACAACCGCGCAGGGAUCGACCGCACGCUGCACCGCAUUUCCUGCAUUCGGAACCGUGUGGGCGACGUGGUGGGGCUCACCUGCCGCGUCGGACGGUCCAUCCCCGGCAGCGCCGCGAUGGUCGCGGACAUCGUCCAGGCGGGGCGAUCGGUGCUCCUGCUGGGCCGCCCGGGAUCUGGCAAGACGACGACGCUGCGGGAUGUGGCGCGCAUGCUGGCGGACGUCGGCGGGAAGCGCGUCGUGAUCGUGGACACCUCGAACGAGAUCGGCGGCGACGGGGACAUCCCGCACCCGGCCAUCGGCAUGGCGCGGCGCAUGCAGGUCCCGGACCCCGCGGAGCAGCACCGCGUCAUGAUCGAGGCCGUCGAGAACCACAUGCCGCAGGUGAUCAUCAUCGACGAGAUCGGCACGGAGCUCGAAGCGCUCGCUGCGCGCACCAUUGCGCAGCGCGGGGUGCAGCUCGUGGCCACCGCGCACGGCAACUUCCUGGAGAACCUCAUCAAGAACCCGGCCCUGAGCGACCUCAUCGGCGGCGUCUCCGCCGUCACGCUCUCCGACGACGAGGCCCGCCGGCGCGGCGUGCAGAAGUCGGUGCUCGAGCGGCAGGCGCCGCCGACGUUCGACGCGGCCGUCGAGAUGCUCCAGCGCGACAAGUGGCGCGUGCACCUCGACAUCGCGCUCGCCGUCGACGCCGUCCUCACGGGCGAGCAGCCCCCCGUGGAGCUGCGCGAACAGCUUGGCGGCGGCGAGGUGCGCAUCUCCUCCGACGACGCGGCGCUGACUCAGGAGCUGCUCGCCGGGGCCGGCCUGGACCCCGGGUCGCACCUCGACGCGCUGGCGACGAUCCCCGGGCUCCCCGCGGGCGUCGGCGACCGCGGCGCGGCGCACGGUGGCGCGUUUGGCGGCGACCCGUACCAGCAGCUGGACCGCGCGCUGCACGGCGGCGGGCGCGGCGCGAUGGACGCGGCGCCGUCGCUGUCCGAGGAGGGCGUCAUCGACGAGAACGGCAUCCUCUUGUACCUCAUGGACGUCGAGGGGCGCGACCUGAGCCAGGCGGUGGGGCGGAUGGGCAUGCGCGGGCGCGUGGGCGUCACCACGAACCUCGCGCAGGCGGACGCGGUGCUCGCGCUGCGGUCGCGCCUCAAGGCCAGCGGCUGGCUCAAGCGCGCGGCCAAGAGCGCUGGCGUGCCCAUCUACGCCGUGAAGAGCUCGUCGCAGUCGAAUCUGCAGAAGGCGGUGCGGAUCCUCCUCGGGAUGGACCCCAGCGCCGGCGGACAGUUCCAGCAGGCCCGGGCGCGCGCCGCGCGGGCCGCGCGUGCCUCGACGGACGAGGGCGACGCCGCCACGGCGGCGACGGAGGGCUCGCUGGACGGCUGGUACUCUUCGGCGGACGAGGAGCUGACGGCGUCGGCCGGGAACGGCGACGCCGCGGUGGCGGCUGCGGCGGACGCGGCGGUGGCGGCGGCGGGCGGCGCGGCGGCGGGCGUGCCCGGGGCCGGGCGGCGCAGUGGGGAGGAGAUCUGGGCGCAGAUCACCGGCAAGCCGAAAGGGUUCGGGCGGCCGCCGCGGGCGGUCGUGGAGGCGCUCGCGGAGGUGACGGCGGCGGUGGAGAAGCUCGGGGCGGCGGACCCGGGGCAGGCGGCGAGCGGGAUCGAGCUGCUGGCGCGGUCGGCGGACGUUCUGCGCGUGCAGGCGGCGCUGGUGCACGAGUGCGGGCUGUCGUGCGAGCGCCUCGGCGAGGGGACGGACGCGCGGCUGCGCGUGCUGCCGGCCGCGAGCGGCGGGACGCCUGGCGGCCACGCCUCCCUGAACUGA